AUGUCUUGCCCGGCCGGACCAGCCCCGCCACCGGGACCGGGACCGGACCUGAGCCACCUGACGGACGAGGAGCGGAGCAUCAUCCUGUCGGUGGUGGAGCGACAGAAGAAGGAGGAGGAGAAGGAGCAGAGCAUGCUCAGGGUUCAGGAGGGAAUCAAACCUCCGUCAGCCUCGUGGGAUCUGUUGUUCAGUCAGUUGGUCACUAACGUUGCCGCCAACGUGACCGAGGUUCUUCAGGUUAAAAGUCCGACUGACGCCGAGUCGCAGACGAAGUUACAUCAGCAGUUUGAGAUGUAUAAGGACCAGGUGCAGAAGCUGGGGGAGGAGCCUCAGGCCGCUCAGACAGCGAGGGCGGAGUCUCUGACCUGUGGCAUCUGUCGUCAAACCAAGUUCGCUGAUGGCUGCGGCCGAGCGUGCUGCUACUGCCAGAGCCGCUUCUGCGCCCGCUGUGGGGGGCGUGUCCUGCUCAGAGCCAAUAAGGUGAUGUGGGUUUGUAACGUGUGCAGGAGGAAGCAGGAGAUCCUCACUCAGUCGGGCGAGUUUCAUUCCAACACAACGUCACAGGUGGUUCCACAACCACCAACACAGGGGCUGCCGGAGGGAACCAGACCCGUGAGCAACGGAGACACAGAUCGGAGGCGGAGUCCCUCAGGGUCUGGUUACGAUGGGAGGGGCGACCUCGGUCCGGACUACUCCACUCACGUGUCACAUGGUUACCACGGCAACGGGGAGGCGGCUCUACGGGCUCAGAGGCGACCAAUCAGAGACAGACGUGGCCGCUGGCACUCGCAGGACCAUCCUCUGGACCCGGACCUGGACGCUCGCGAGCUGCGGCGGCGGCAGGAGGAGGAGUUUCAGGCCCGUUACCGUAGCGACCCCAACCUGGCUCGUUACCCGGUGAAGCCGCAGCCGAGUGAGGAGGCCAUGAGGAUGCUGGCACAGGUCGGCCGGGUCCGUCACCAGCGUCGCCACAGUGACGUCUCCCUGGCAACGGCUGAACCCGACCACCUGACCCUGAGACACACAGGUCACCGUCACCAUCGACCUCAGGGAUGGUUCGGAGCUGAAGGUCAGAGGUCAUUCUCUGUGGACCGGGCCUCUAAUCACCUGAGCCCCACGUCCCCCCGCCGCAGCCCGUUACCGCAGCAACACCUGGACCCGAGCUCCGCCCAUAAGAGGAAGACAGCCAAUGAGAGCAUGGUGCAGAGAGGGCGGGGGAUGGGGCAGAUGCACGUGAUUGGUAGCUUCAGCAGCUCGGAGGAGGAGCUAGUGACCAGCCCAGAGUACACCAGCUGUGACGAGCCUGACAGAGACAUGGACAGCCAGUGGUGGGAUCAUGGGUCCUGGCAUAGCGAGCCUGUGCCCAUGUCUAUGCAUACGGUCACAUGGCAAACGUCCAAGGAUGGAGAGCGUCUGAUUGGUCGGAUUCUCCUGAACAAGCGGAUGAAGGACGGGACAGUUCCUGCGGAUACGGGAGCGCUGCUGGGACUCAAGGUCGUCGGUGGGAAGAUGACGGACUCUGGUCGUCUCUGUGCGUUCGUCACCAAGGUGAAGAGAGGAAGUCUGGCCGACACCGUGGGACACCUGAGACCAGGUGAUCAGGUUCUGGAGUGGAACGGCAGGGUUCUUCAGGGAGCCACGUUCAAUGAGGUUUACAACAUCAUCCUGGAGUCUAAACCAGAACCCCAGGUGGAGCUGGUGGUGUCCCGACCCAUCGGGUUUGUUUCCAGGGCAACAGACGGUUCCCACAUCCAGCUCGACUCCAGUUCCACUACCUUCCACUCACAGAAGGUCGGCCCGUCCAUCUCAGUCACGUCUCCCAUGAGCCCCGGCGUUCUCUCCGGACAAGUCUCGACUGUGAACAGGCGUCCGCUGGUUCCCAGAAUUCAGGUGAAGCUCUGGUACGAUAAAGUCGGUCAUCAGCUGAUCGUCACAGUUCUUGGAGCCAAGGAACUUCCCUCCCAAGACGACGGGCGACCCAGGAACCCUUACGUCAAGAUCUACUUCCUGCCUGACAGAAGUGAUAAAAGUAAGCGGAGGACGAAGACGGUCAAGAAGUCGUUGGAGCCGCGGUGGAAUCAGACCUUCAUGUACUCUCCGGUCCACCGGCGGGAGUUCAGAGAGCGCAUGCUGGAGCUGACGGUCUGGGACCAGGCCCGGCUCCGAGAGGAGGAGAGUCAGUUCCUGGGAGAGGUGCUGAUUGAACUGGAGUCGGCUCUGCUGGACGAUCAGCCUCACUGGUACAAGCUCCAGCUUCAUGAUGUUUCCUCCCUGCCACUGCCCAGUGCCUCCCCCUACCUGCAGAGGAGGGGACUGCAGCCUGAGCACAGUCCGACCAGCAGGCGGCUGCAGAGGUCUCAGAGGAUCAGUGACACUGAGUUCUCAGAUUACGACUGUGAAGACGGCAUCGGGGUGAUAUCAGACUACAGGCAGAAUGGGCGGGACUUCCACAGCUCCACCCUCUCAGUGCCAGAGCAAGUGAUGUCGACCAAUCACAGCUCCCGAUCCGACCUGGUCAGGAUGAGGUCACGGUCCCCGAGCCAACCGCCGCCUCACAGUGGCAACCCUCUGUACCCGCUGUAUCGAGAAGACGCCGUGCGCCUGUUGCGAGGGUCGAGGCUGAGCCGAACGUAUUCUGACGCCGGCCAGUACAGCAGUCUGGACAGGAGAUCACUGAGGAAAAUGUCUGUCACCAACUCGCUCGAUUCUCAUGACAGAUAUAUGACCGGUCCGUACCACGCUCCCUGGACAAACCCCCCGAUGAAUGGGAACUGUGAGGACUACAGUCAGGACUUCAUCCCAGACUUCCCCUACGAACCCGACGCCUACGACGAGGAUCUGCACAGGUACAGCCGGGGAAUGGACCGGCAGUAUUACUACAGUCGCUCUCGGUCAGCUGACCAGCGUGCGAUGGUGGACCGACCGCUUUACACCCGCUCCCACUCCACAGACCGAUGUGACUUCGUCCAGCCGAGGUCUGGACGCUCCGCCCCCCCCUCACCUGCCUGCACCAGAGCCAAUCCUCCAGGUGGAUCCACCCAGACGAGUCCGUCAGGAACGCCGCUCUGUGGCCGCCGGGUGCGCCAGCUGCCCCUCGCCCCCCCCAAAGGAGCUCCGGACAGAAAUGGAGAGCUGCCUGACCCUGUGCAGACAGGAGCACCAGCUGCAGCCCCUCCCACUGCCCACAUACAAACCCCUCCUAUUGGCCUUCAACCAAUACGUCCUCUUAUACGAAUCCAAGCCCCGCCUCCUCCUGGGCCUGUACAGCCUCACCCAAGCCCUGCACCUGCACCUGCACCUGCACCUGCACCUGCACCUGCACCUGCACCUGCACCAGCACCUGCACCUGCACCUGCACCAUCUGUGGGAGCCCCAACCCCGGCUCCAGCAAUUUUACCGACUUCUACCCCAGCACCUGUUGCAGCCACACCUGCUGCUUCCCCAGCCCAACCAACACUCACAACAGGCGCCCAAGCCCCACCCCCUGGGCCAGCCCCACUCCCAGCUCCUGUAGUCCAAUCACAGUCACCUCUUGAACCCGAUCUGCCCCCUGCACCUACUCCAGCACCUGCCCCCUCCCCAGCCCCGCCCCCACAGACUCCAGAGCCUGAAAUGUGCUCAGCAACAGCAGGAGGGACCAGAAAAGGUGUGAUGAAGGAUCCGUCAAAGGUGAAAACAUCUUUACAGAUGAAAUCGUCCGACAGUGACGUCAGCGACGCGGCGGCCAUGACCAACGCCUCCGACACCCGAACAAACCGCUCGGAGGCCCUAGAAGGUCAAUCAGUGGAGUUGGGGGCGGGAACAGAGGGAAAACAGGAAGUAGCGGAAGAGGGCGGAGCCUCACUGCAGAAGAGCGAAUCGAUGGAAGAGGCUGAGGAGGAGGAGGAGGAGGUCAAGCCUUCAAAGCCGGCCCCGGCGGCCGGAGCUCCUCUCACGAAGUCCUCAAGUGUCGGGGGGGAAAUCUGCUCGCUGGGCAGGAACGACGACGACGACGACGAGAAGAAGCGGCGCUCGAGCUUCGGAGCGAGGAUGAUGGGGAUGGUCGGACUGGGGAAGAAGAGUCAGAGCGCCUCGCAGCUCAACCCGGAAGAGGAGGAGAAGAAGAAGAAGGUGGUGAGACUUCCUGUCCAGAGGAGCAUAGAAACCGGUUUGGCUGUUGAGUUCAAAGCUCGUUUCACCAGACAGCCGAGUCGUGACCCGGACGCCGACGACCCCAAACCUGGAGCGCUGAUCUUUCCAGGUGUGAAGUUGGCAUCGGACCAACAGUUCACCGGGUUCCUGGAAGGAUUAGGCCCCGCCCAGCUGGCUGGACGGCAGACCCUGGCCACGCCCCCCAUGGGUGACAUCCAGAUUGGGAUGGUGUUCAGGAAGGAGCGUCUGGACGUGGAGGUGAUUCGAGCCCGGGGGCUUGUGGGUAAACAAGGCAACAAGAACACUCCAGCUCCGUAUGUGAAGGUGUACCUGAUGGAUAACGGGAAGUGUGUUCUGAAGAGGAGAACUCGUCUGGCAAGAAAAACACUGGAUCCACUUUAUCAACAACAGCUGCAGUUUGAGGAGAAUCCAGAGGGGAAAGUCUUGCAGAUCAUCGUGUGGGGAGACUUCGGCCGGAUGGACCAUAAGUCCUUCAUGGGCGCUGCUCAGAUCCUCCUGGACGACCUGGACCUGUCCAACAUGGUGAUUGGCUGGUUUAAACUGUUUCCUGCCACCUCAUUGGUGGACCCUGCCUUGGCGCCUCUGACCAAUAAGGAGACCGAGGGCAAGUCGUAG